UCUUACCAUAUCUGUCAUGUGCCCUGCUUCUUAUACCUGAAACACUCUAGAAACUCUUGUUUCUCUUCUAUCCACCGUCCAUUUCUUCAUCCAACAGUUCUUAUCAUUUUGUAGCUACUCCGUAUCUUUGUCUCGGAUCUUGUUUUCUAACCUUUAUAAACCCUAACCCCACACUCUCUCUCUCCACUCUCUCGCUCUCUUUCCCGCUUCCCCCCCCUCUCUCUCUAAACCUCAGCCCGUUUUUCUCUCUUCUUAGAUCUUACACUGAUUCGUUUCUGUAAUUUAAUCCCGUUUCGAUUUAAUCUAGUUUUCUGGUCUUACAAAGUGGUCGACGUUUAGUUUCAGUAACUCUUGUUGUUGUUGUUGUUGUUUUUUUUCGAUUGUGUUUUUGUCUUCAUUUUCUGUAAUUUUUCAAUUCUGAUCCUGAAAUUCCUUAAAUUCAAUUCGUUUACGAGUUGAAUUAACUCUCUGCAACUGUAAAUUUAAACUUGUGAAGAGGUUGAAUUGUGAAAAUGCCAUCGUCUGAGAUGAGGCGAACAACCAGAGUAUUUGGGGUGGUGAGAGGCGAAGACACCUCAAGUGUGUUAAGGUCGGGACGCAGGUUGUGGCCGAAUAGCGAUGAAAGAGGCAGUAGAAUGACAAUUGGAGAUGAUUGCGGAAAGAAACCGGAGACGAAGAAAGUGAAUGAUGACGAUAAAUUUUUCGGGACAGUGUAUAACCGAAAGAAAAAAAGAAUUGUCGAGGAUGAAGGUCUUGAGAUUUCCGGGUUUCGGUUUCGACGGGAACAAAGGAUGAUGAUUGAUCCGUCUGUGAUUGUGGCUGUUGUGAAGCCUUGUUACGAUGACAUUAGUUUGUUUUCGUUUUUCUUGUUUGCAGCGUUGAGAAGCAUUAUGAAGUUCGGACUCACAUUUGUGGAUCUAUGUGCUUUUGUUCUCUCAGAACCCAUUUCUUCUGUCUAUGCAUCAAGAGGAAUUCAAUUCUUACAGGGUUCUGUUACUGCAAGUGUUGGGAUUUGCCAGUUUUUUGGGGUCUCACAGUACUUGGCAUCGUUCUGUGUUGAUUUUUCUGCUAUUCCUCUCUGUUUCAAAUCUCUGCAUUCUGCGUUGCACUUAAGAUAUAUGUUCAGGUCAUGUUUUCUUGUAUACAAUCCGGUACAUGUUUGUAAAGAUGUCGAGGACGAGGAGGAGAUUGAUCUUCCAGCUGUCGAGGAGGAAAUUGAUCUUUCAUCUGACGAGGAGGAAAUUGAUCUUCCAGCUAUCCUGAUGGAACUGCGGAGUCUGUGCAAUUCCUACAAGAAAGAAGCUUCUGAAAGGAAAACUAUCAAUAUCGCCCCUGAAGUUAUCGUAAUCAGUGACGAUGACGAUCUAUCUUCACAUGUGUCUGUUAAGUGUUCCAAGUUAGCCGCUCAAAAUGUACAAAGUGAAAACGUGAACUCUAACCUCGUUCAGACGAGGAGAACUUCACUUAGGAUAAGGGAAGCUCAAAAUCGUUCUAUGAAGAACAGAAGUAACAACACAGUACCUUCUGAUUCAAAGGGCAGUGGCGGACAGGAAAAAAGUUGCACAGAUGUUGCCUCUGAUAAGAAACUUAGAAGUUCGACCGACAGUUGCACCGGUAUAAGCCUUUCAGAGGCAAAAUCUACCAAGGAGGAUUCAAAAGAAGCAAUUGUUCCAUCUUAUUGUUGUACAAAUAUACUGAUUGUCGAAACCGACAGAUGUUACAGAGUAGAAAGAGCUGUUGUCAUUUCCGAAGAAAUGUCUGACUCAAGAGAAUGGCACCUCGCAGUAAAGAAAGAUGGAUUAACUCGCUGCACUCUCAAGGCUGGAAGGGUAAUGAGACCCUGCUCUACCAAUCGGUACACACAUGUUAAAAUGGUCUCACUGAUAAACGGGUGGAAGCUUGAGUUUGCUAAUCAUCAAGACUGGCUUGCCUUCAAGAAUCUUUAUAAGGACUGUUCGCAACGUGAAAUUCCAAUUCCUGCUGCAAAAUUUAUUCCUGUACCAAGUGUCUGUGAAGUUCCUGACUAUGCAGACCGUUAUACUUCUCUCUUCAACAGACCGGAAUAUUAUAUAUCCACAAAUGGUGAUGAGUUUGAACGAGCAAUAACAAGGAAAACUGGAAAUUAUGACAUGGAUUCAGAAGAUGAAGAAUGGCUGAACAAGUUCAAUACUGAGUUUCAAGAACAUGUUUCACAGGAUAAUUUUGAGUCUACUGUUGAUGCUUUGGAGAAGACUUAUCAUUAUAAUGCUGAUGAUUGUUAUGAUGAAAAAUCUAUGAUUUAUUGGUGUCAGAAUCCUGUUAGCAAGAAGGUUAUAGAAGCUGUACAUAAUUAUUGGAUUAAAAAACGGAAACAAAAAUAUUCAGGGCUGCAUAGGAUUUUCACGAGUUAUCAAUCAAAGAUAUCUCCAUUUGUUCCCAAGCCGUUGCGGCAAAAGAAGAGAUCGUUUAGGAGACGCCCUAGUAACAGCCAACUUCAACGUAUUUUCCAAUCCAUUACAAAUGAUCAAGAUGUUUUGGAUGAAUAUAAAGAAGCCUUGGCUAAGGUGGAAGCUGCUAAAGAGGCUGCAAAUAAAGCGAUGGAACUUGCCAUACAGAAACGCACAAAAGCUCAAUCUCUUGCGCAAAAUGCAGACCUAGCGAUGUACAAAGCCACAAUGUUAAUGAGAAUAGCUGAAGCAAUUCAAGCUGGAGCAUCAGCAGAUGAAGCGGCAGAACAUUUUCUAAAUUGACCGGUAGAAACUAUUCCUUAUUAUAGUUGUAAGUAUAAUAAUUAAGCAUCUAACCCAAUUUUCUUUGCAGAAAGCCUUACACCCAAUUCUUAUUCAUUUGUUUAUUUAUUCUUAAUUGUAAUUAUAUAGAUACAUUUUUUACUUCUAGUUGUAUGUACAUAUUUUUUUGGAUAGAUUAGUUGAGUAACUUGGAUAAUAGGGGAACCAGAAUAUUAAGUUUAAGCUAUAUUUUUGUUCCAUUAUAUCUCUUUGAAUUUAUUUUUUAAACAAAUACUUUAAAAAAAUCUUCAAGUAACAUAGAUUUUGACAAUUAAAAUUAUUGAAAAGUAAUGUUAUCAUUUGGAUUUAGUACCAUACCAUAGGCAGACUUAAUAAUCACACUACCAAAAGGGCAGGGGCUUUGCAAUCGAUAAUGAGCAUUACUGGCUUUUCACGAUUUAACCCCAAACUUAAGCAACAUGCCCCCUUUGACCUUUGUUCACCCCAAACAAAAGAGAGCCUAUCCAUAUUCAUUGAGUGUUGUAUACGGUCAUCAAAAAUGAAAAAUGAAAAAAAUGGUUAAUUUAAUGUUUUGUUUGUAUAUAAAAGGUUUUUAAAGUGUAUAUAGAUUUUUUUCAUUUGAAUUAAUUUUUUAUUAACGAUUAUAUUAA